CGGAAGUAAUCGGGAGCGACUCCUCUCGCAUCAAGUUGUAAGUCGGCCGUUUUGCAAAGUCGUACUUUGGCUAUGACGAUUGGCCUCCUUUCGAGCCCUACUUGAGGCAGAGUUGGUGCUUUCAAGCAAAGGUUUGGCUCUUUAAAGCCACCCAGAAGCGAUUUAACGGGCAUUGUGGAUAUUUUCUACACCAUUAAGCAGCGACUAUUAUGGCCGGCACCACCACAAAGACAGUGCACGACAUUUUUCAGAGUAUGGAGUACGGACCUGCCGCAACCUCCAGCACCGCCACUGCACGGGCAUGGCUAGAGAGUCAUUCCUGCUCUUUGGGUCUGUUUAUUGCCGGCAAAUUUGUUCGUCCGCUCGACAGGCAGACUCGCUCCAUGGUGGACUCAAAAGGUGCUGUCGUGUGCAGCACGGUGUGUGCCUUGCAGGCCGAUAUUUCGCAAUGCGCAUCAUCUGCUGUCGAGGGCUUUGAGGCUUGGAGUGGCUUGUCCUGCUACCAGAGGUCCAAGGUGUUGCUCAGGUUGGCGAGCGCUCUGGGCCAGCACGGCCAGAGUGUGGCCGAGCUGUGUGACCUGUGCGGAGCCUCCUGCUCCUCCUCCAGCCUUGUCCGGUUGUUGCAGUACUACAGCGGAUCGGCUCAGCUCAGGGACGCUCUUGUCGCCGACUGGACGCCGCUGGGUGUGGUUUUAGUCACCGUCUCUGACGACUGCACUUUCCACUCCCUGAUGCUCAAAGUCUUACCAGCACUGGCCAUGGGCAACUCUGUCACGGUGGUCCCCGGCCAAAGCACCGCCCCUCCGGCACUUUUAUUGGCUCAGCUUUUUACGGCCGCCGGCUUGCCUGCUGGAGCCCUCAACGUCUUAACUGGCGGCGACGUGUCGCUGGCCGCCGAUGUGGCCCGGAAUUCCAGCAUCGCCUCCGUCACCUACAGCGGCAACAAGCAGGAUGCUGUCAAGCUGUGUAAAGCUACAGCAGGGAUGGGACUUCCUGUCUGUGUAUCCCCGAACAUUGGCGCUACGUGUCCCAUCAUCAUCUUUGAGUCUGCUGACAUCAACAGCGCAGUAGAUGACGUCUUAGAGACGGCCUUCAAGAAGGAGAAAGAAGCGCACUGGGUGUUGUGCGUGCAGGAGAGCAUACUGGACAGCGUGAUGGCCUAUCUAAGGUUGCGCAUGGCAGCCUUGAAAUGCGUGUCGCUUCCAGGAGAUGGCGUCAGAGUGCUCGUGGAGACUGCGGUGCAGGACGCUCAAAACAAGGGGGCCACGUUGGUGCAGUCCUGCGCCGUCCCCUCGAGUACACAAUAUCCUCCGACGGUGCUGUGUGGAGCCGCCCCCUCCUCGCCGUGUGUGGUCACGCCCUCUCCCGGGCCGCUGCUUCCUCUCGUGACCUUCCGAAGUCACGCAGAGGCAGUGACUCUGGGGAAUCACAGUCCACAUGGCCAAGUGGCUUGUAUCUGGACCGAAGACCUCACUCUGGCUCUGGAGACAUCGAAGAGUCUGUCUGUGGGCUCAGUGUGGGUGAAUUCGCACCCUCUGUCUGAUCCGUGUCUGCCCGUUUCUGGUCACAAAGACAGCGGCACGUGCACCGAUGGAGGGCAGGAGGGUCUGUAUCAGUUUCUGCGGCCAUCCUCGUCCUCGGUUCUCCCUCGUGCUUCCCCUGUCGCCCUGGACUACGCCAAAUUUGGAACUGACGCGCCCCCGGUUAUCAUUCCGGAUGAGACUGCCGGUACCCUGAAGUCCUACGCGCACUUGGUGGCUGGCAAGGCGUGUAAAUUGGAGUCUGGCGCCAGUGUCGUGGUGCGUCCUCAAGGCGGCGGCGAUGCGUUGGGCUACUGUCCCGAUGGAGGCCAGAAAGAUGUCCGCAAUGCUGUGGAGGCCGCUGUCAAAGUUCAGCCAGGGUGGAUGAAAAAGAGUCCGCCCGCCCGCGCCCAGCACAUUCUAUCUCUGGCCAAGGGCCUUGAAGGCAAAAGGCAGGAGCUAGCAGCCUCAAUCUGUGCCCAAACUGGCCUCCCCAUGGAAGAGGCCCUCAUGGAGGUGGAGCUCAGUAUCGCCCGGCUCGGUGAUUGGGCCGCCUACUGUGGCAAAGUUCACGGCGGAACUCUGCCUGUGCCGCAGGCCGGCACCGGUCUCUCCAUCCCCGAGGCGAUGGGAGUGGUGGGCGCGGUGCUUCCCGACGAGCAUCUCCUUCUGUCCACCGUAACGCUUCUCGGAGCAGCCCUCGCCUCUGGCAAUGCCAUCGUCAUGGUACCCAGUCCCGAGUAUCCGCUGCCGGCAUUGGCGAUCAUUCAGGUGCUCCUGUCUUCAGAUCUGCCAGCGGGCUUGGUGAACAUCAUUACGGGAAGGAGAGACCCGUUGACAAAGGCCUUGGCCAAUCACAGUGUCAUCAAGGCCAUCUGGUACUGGGGCACCAGCGAGGGCUGCCAGUACCUCCAGCACACCUGCACCAGUCCGCUAAAAACUUUGCGCCUGUUCUGCCAGACGGACAAGGACGGGAAGCAUGGCGGCCGAGAUUGGACACGCCCCUCCGUUCUGGAGGAGUUUUGGAGAAAUGCCGUCCAGUGGAAGAGUGUAUGGAUCCCUACGGCAUAAAAAAAAAAGAGUUAAGAUGAUGGAAGAUGAGCAAAUGACGCUUAGGCGGUCAGGUUGUACUGUACAAGCCAGGUUCAAAAUGAAAUAAACAUUUGAGAGUGAACGAACUACUACAUCGUACAUCGUAUGAGCAUUUGGAAUCACUGCUCUCUGACUUGCAAUGAAUGUAAAGUGCAGUGGCCAUCAAGUUUCUGUACAGCUUGUGCAAUCCUUGUUUUUUUUUUUUUUUUUACUUUUUAACCAGCCUCAUGACUGUUGAGGUCAUUUCCACCAUUUGCGACACGUGGUGCUCAUGAGACCCCUCCCGCUCCAUGCCAAAGAGGAAGGACCGACUUCUGUUUCAGAAUGCCGAGUCAUGACAAUGACUCAGCAAAUUCAUGGGUUGAAGACUUGAGACAAGACUUUUCAGAAAUGAGUCACCGCUGUUGAACUCUCACGCACGCGCGCACACAGAGGGGGUGGUGGGUACUAGCUUGCUGAGUAACUGUGACUCAGCAAUUCUAAGGGUCUGAGUAUUCUUGUUCUUUUAGUUAUGGUUGAUCA